AUGGCACCUAAGAAAUCAUCUGGUAAAAAAAACGCACCCUCCAAGAAAGUGGUUACUCCCGAAGUUUUUUCUGAUUCUCAAGCAAGAAACCAAUUAGCGAAUGUGCCUAAACUAACUGAAAAAUCUAAAGUAAAAAAACCAAGUAAGCUAGCUGAAAAGAAAGAGCAAUCUAAAGCUAGAUUAUACGGUGGCAGAAAAAAAACUAAAACUUACGAUGAAAAAGAUUUAGAUCUUCCAAGUCUCAAUAAAGCCAUUAUACCUGGUGUUAAAAUAAAGAAAGGUAAGAAAGGUAAAAAAUUUAUUGAUGACCACGAUCAUUUGAAAUUAAAUCUUUUAUUGAAAACCAUUGGUGACAAAUACGAUGACAUUGAUGAAAGUAAAUUAGAAAAGGCUAGAAGAUUAGAAGAAAUUAGAGAAAUGAGAAGACAAGAAAUUGAGAAGAAGGAAUCAUCUAAAAAUGAAGUUUUACAAGAUAAGAAGGCAGAACUUAAACGUAAGGCUUCAGUAGCGAGAACUCAACGUAGGAAACAGAAACGUGAAUCUGAAAGAACCGUUGAAGCCACUGAAACCAAGCAAAAUACCGACGUACCUAAGAAAAAGAAGAAGGUUUCUUUUGCUUAA